AUGGGCAAGAAACUCUCAGCGUCUUCAACGAAGCCCAAAUCGGGUGCCAUUGUUGUGCCAGCAACUACUCAACCAAAAUCCACCGAUGAGGUCCCGAAGCUUGUCCGCCAGGACUCCGGCGUCGAUGUGACAAAGUCUGGUCAAGGAAAGCCUCUACCAGUCACACUUCUCUCAGGCUUCUUGGGUAGCGGUAAAACGACACUCCUUCAGCACAUCCUUAAGAGCGACCAUGGUCUUCGUAUUGCGGUCAUUGUCAAUGAUAUCGGCGCUGUGAACGUUGACGCAUCCCUCAUCAAGAAGAGCCACCGACUUACAAAGACCGAAGAAAAGGUCAUCGCACUGCAGAAUGGCUGCAUUUGCUGUACUCUCAGAGGAGAUCUGCUGGAAGAGCUCGUUAACUUGUCAGAGCUCCAUGAGUUCGAAUACGUGAUUAUUGAGAGUAGUGGUAUCAGUGAGCCCGAACAAGUCGCGGAGACCUUUGAUGCCCGAUUGGCGGAGCAAAUGGCUACAAUGGGCGAGGGACCCGAGGGAUUGGAUGAGGAUACCUUGAAAUUGCUCAAGAGGCUGGCUGAUGCUGGCGGAGUCGACAAGUUCGCUCGCCUUGAUACCACCGUCACGGUCAUCGAUUCCUUCACAAUCUUCAACGAUUUCCACACUAGCGAUUUGCUAUCCUCGAGACGAGAUGAUGUGGUGCCAGAAGACGAAAGGACCGUGUCUGACCUGAUGGUUGACCAGAUUGAGUUUGCCGACGUGAUAGUUCUGAACAAAGUCGAUAUGGUGACCAAAGACGAUCGCACUCGCGUGCUAGAUUUGAUCAGGAAGCUCAACCCAAGAGCCAAGAUCCUGGAAUCCAGCUACAGUAAGAUUGACGUCAACGAAAUUGUCAACACCAACACAUUCGACCUCAAGGUUGCUCAGUCUGGUGUCGGCUGGCUUCAAGACUUGCAUGCCAUGACUGUACGCGAGGUCAACGGUCGCAAAGCAGUGACCCCAAAGCCAGAGACGGAGGAAUACAACGUCCGCAACUUCAUCUACACGAGGACGCGGCCAUUCCACCCCAGACGUCUAUGGUCACUCCUCUACGACAAGUUCAUUCUGCAGAUGGAGGAGCCCGAAGGCGACGACGAAGAUGCAAUGGAUGAGGACAAUGACGCUGACAUGAGCGACGGAGACGCUUCCGACAAGGAAGAUGAGCAAUGGGAAGACGACGAGUCAGAAGCAGACGAAAAUGAGGACGCCGACAUGGAAGACCCCCUUGAGCCCCCCUCCAAUCAAGUCAUCCUUGCCAACAAAACUGCCAACCCCCUCUUCAACCGUCUCUUCCGCUCAAAGGGCGAGUUCUUCCUCGCGACACGACCACACAGGGCAGGCGACUGGUCCCAGGCCGGCGCGAUGCUGACGAUGACCGGCGGCCGCCCGUGGUUCUGCACGCUUGACCCUGAUGACUACCUCACGGGCGAUAGCGAAGUCGACGCCCUUGUCACACACGAUAUCAAAAAGGGUGGCGAGUGGGGUGACCGUCGGCAGGAGAUGGUUUUCAUCGGUGAAAAGCUUGAUAUCAAGGGUUUAGAAGCCGCGCUAGAUGCGUGUUUGCUCAAUGAUGAGGAGUGGAAGAAGUGGCAGAAGGUGAUGAGGAAUAAGAAGUGGGAUGACGAGAAGAAGGGGGCCAAGUUGCAGGAUUUGUUUGACGAUGGGUUUCCAGACUGGACGGAGGAUGGGGAGGGGCAUGAGGAGCAUGAUCAUGCCUGA